AUACAGCAAUACCAAUCACUCAGUUGAACUAUCACUAAGAAACUGGACGAAUCUGUUAAGCGAUGCAUUUCUACCUGAGUAACGCCAAGCAAGAAAACUAUUUGUGGAAUUCAAGUGAACUGCAGUAUGCAGUAGAAAAUAGGUAAAUAGCUUAGGUCCAUCAUCGAGAAAUAUCAUCUUGGAAACCGAGCCGGAAAUAACUUAUAUUUCGUACGUCUGAUGAAUCUUAAUCGAGUUAUCUGAUUGAAAAAGCAGUUGAUGUAUUUAUGUACAGACUUUGGAAACAAUGAAAACAAGAGAAGAUUUAAGGACGUUAGUUCAUGGUAUUUUUCAACCACGCUUGCCAACGCUGAGACCUCUAGCUUCAACCAAACACUAAACAAGUACGCCGACUUGAAAACGAGCCAUGACAACCACGUCGAACAGCAAAGACGGUUCAAGUUUAACCGAUGAACCAGGAUUCUACACGACGACUAUUUUUAUUCUAUUUUUCCUGUCGCUGAUCAUCGCGUUGGAAAAUUUACUAGUCUUGAUAAGCAUUGGAAUGUUCACUUUCAAAAAGUACUCCAUAAAUCCAUUUAUCUGUUCACUGUCUUUGGCCGAUAUUUUCCAUUUUCUUGGCCCGGUUUUGAUUUCUCUUCAUAUUUACAUCUCCGACAGACCACAAGGAUUGCAGCAACAUUAUUCUCUUUGUAAAAUUCAAAGUUGGUUGACAGUUUUCUUACAUAUGACAUCAAUGUUGUCGAUUGUGAUGCUCGCGAUAGACAGAAACCUUUUACUCACUAAACCAGUCUUUUAUAAAAGAAAAUGGAAGGGUUUAUUGUUGGUUGUAGUCGUCAUAACUUGUUGGAUGCUGUCCGCCUUUUUAUCUUCCUGGCAAAUGCUCUCAGCGGAGGAUGUCAAACCUACACUUUUCGCUCCCCAUAUUUAUUGCCUUUUCACUCCGAGCAGCAGCUUUGCUAUCAGUUUUGCUUCAAUACAUCUCUUCUUCGUGGUGGUGUGUGUGGUUAGUGUGAUCUAUACCACAAGUUCUUCCAGGAAUUCUCUUUUUAGAGCUGAAUAUUCAAGUGCUACGGGAAAAAUUAAGGUUGAAAAUACAAGAAAUCUUGUUCAAGAAGAAUACACUCGUAAGAUGACAAGGAUGGUAUCGAUAGUGGUUUGUCUCUACUGUGCCUCACAUCUUCCAUGGAUGGUAGCAAUAUUUUUGGGUUACUUCAACGCGGUUACCUAUCCACCAAUAUAUGGUCUGCUGUCCCUGCAGUUCCCUAUGGUCAGCGGUCUUUGUAACCCAUUACUUUACGGCUUGAUCUGGCCGCCAUUCAGAAAUGCUUACGUUAAUGCUGUGAAAGCUCCAAUGCGCAUGUGCAAGAGGAACACUCGCAACACUCGUUCGCAUAGCUUUCAAGAUUCAAGCUUGAGCCGCAGUCACAGGUUUUGGUCAGCGGAAGGAUUCAACUCAGUAACCGCUGACCAGCAAGGCAACUCACUUCAAGUCUUAUUUGGUCCCAGUUCUCACUCCAACCAACCAAUCAACUUCAUGCCAGAAGAGCUCCGCAUAUUUGAGAAUGAGGGACUGACUGCGGACUCUAUAAGCCUUGAGAUUGUUGGCAAAGGCGGCACUCAUAAUGUCACAAGUGACGUCACUCGUGGCAAUAAUAUCAGCACAGCUGCAACUAAUAUAGCACUGGACGCUAGUGGUCAGUUUCAGAGUAUUCUCGACUUAAUUGAAGAAAAGACUGAAGGCAAAUCUAGAGCGCAUUGCUCGUCCAAAAAAGGAAAAAGUCAAUCAAUUGACUCGAGGGACAGCAGCGGGUACUGGUCAGCGGACAAAAGCAACACGCAUGCGCCUUCACAGAACGGAAGAAGUAGUUCUUCUACUGACGGUGCAGUGGAUGUCGAAGACACUUAUUCUUGGGAACAGGAUCGACAAGAGACUAUUCGUUCAAGCAUCGCUGGGUGUGUCUGUAUUGGCAAGUCUAAACGUUACGUUAUUGACAAUAACAGAAAUCGACACCUGAACUAUGCGGUUGCUAGGGAUGUCACAGAGAUACGUGACCCUAGUAACGAAGCAGGGGUUAUAAUGAACGGGAAAUAAUGGAACUCAAUUAUAAUAAUUUUUUUAUUAAUUGAAUUAUAGUAAACUGCAUGGGGUUUUAAUAUGAUUGGAAUUAAUUUACUAAUAUUUUACUCUUAGUGCGAAACCAGUUUCAGAAGACAACCAUGCAAAUUAAACGUAUCACUUUCCUUGGAAUUGGAAUUCUCACUCCAAAUAAGACACCAUAUGCCUGACUCGUAACUACAGAGGUAUCUGGGAAAUAUUGAAAAUCAAACACAACUGACAAAGCACGAGUCAAAGUUGGUCACGUGUUUAAUAUUAGCAAGAUUGCGAAUAUAGCGAAUAUGGAUAUUUUCAAACGCCAUUACUAGCGGCAAAUACCGGGACUAAUAUCCGGUUUGUAAAUGACUUGAUAUUCACAUACAUAUUACUUAUUAUUUAAAGUUAUUUUCUAUUAAUUAAUACAGAAUAUUUGAUAAUGAUCA